AUGGUCAACUCAACAACAGAUACAAAGCCUCAAGAACCUACUAUGACUGAGAAGCCAACCGAUGCUUCUCCCAAAAAAGUACCAGCACCCAUCCCUGAUGUCAAUGUAUGGCAGAUCAAAAAGCCAGUGAUAUCUACUCCUAUUGCAUCAGUUAACUCGAAUGACUCUUCUUGGCCUGCACCUAAAGAAGCCAUCUCUCAAGAAGAACCCGUCAAUGAAAAGAAAUCUACUGCUACAGCUACAUCAUCAAAGUCAAUUGGUAAAGGUCAAUGGAAACCUUAUACGCCUACUAUCAUUCACUCCUCCCCUACUCCCGCUACUGGUAGUCGUGGUAAUGGUCGCAACAGUGCUUCUCGUGGUGGUAAUGCCAAUGGCAACAACAACAAUAAAAAAUCAACUGCUGUGUCAUCGUCGAAAAGCAAUCAUAUCCGUCCUUCAGCUACAACCUCCUCAUCCGCUGUGCCUUUAUCCACUGCUGAUGCCGCAGCAGCAGCUUCAUCAUCACCAGUAAAAGUGCAAGAAAAGACCAACACAACGACCCCUACAACAACGACCGCUACCGAGGCAACUACCCCCGUCGUCGCCACUGUUACAAAUAACACUGAAAAGGGAAAGAGCACGAAGCAGAACAACACCAACAACAGCAGCACUGCCACAGCAUUACCCGAUACACCUGUCAUGGAAUCCAAUCAACAGCACCACCGUCAACAGCACCACCAUCAUUCUCAACACAUGAACGGUCGUGGUGGCGGUAUGAGACGUGGCGGUUCAAGCCGUGGUGGUGGCCGUGGUGGAUAUCAACCUCGCUACUUCAACAGACCCAAUCCUUCUGCCUACCUCAACGUAGAUCCCGAGACCUUGAAAGCAUACAUUUGUCAACAAAUCGAAUACUACUUUAGCGUCGAUAACCUGUGCAGAGAUCUCUUCUUGCGUAGUCAAAUGGAUACUGAGGGUUAUGUGCCCAUCACCUUGAUUGCUGGCUUCAAUCGUGUCCGUGGAUUGACAUCAGACAUGUCUUUGGUACGUGCCUCUCUCGAACUCUCCAAGAUUCUGGAAGUGAAGCAAGACAGUGGUGAUCUUUUGCGUAAGAAGGAGGGCUGGGAGACCUGGGUCUUGCCUGCUGCUGGUACCUCUGCUACUACCAAGACUGACAGUGGUGCACCUCAAAUCAUCAAAUCAGUGCCUGCUGGUCCCGCCCCUAUUCCCACAUUGGCUUCUUUAGCUCACAAGAAGGCACCUUCUGCUACAACCACCACUACCACCAACACUAGAUCAGUACCUGCAGCAACAACACCUGCCCCUGCUCCUGCUACCAAAAACACAGAGGAAGAUGAUCUCUUUGAUUUUGAAGAUGAAGAUUGGGUGGAUGGCAGUCGUCCCAAUACUGUCAAGAAAUACUACCUCUCUGAUGACGAAGAAGACGAUGAGGACUAUGAGUUUGACGACGAUACAGUUGCUCGUAUUAUGAUUGUUACUCAACGCAAAAAGGAUCGUUCUCACCACUCAUUCGACCGUGCAAAGAUGAAUGAUGAUAUCUCUGAUAUGAUCAAUGAAGGCUUGUACCAAUAUGAAAGCGGUCUCGGCGUUGGCAAUCAGCCCAAUCAAUCCAAGGUGGGUACGCUUGAUCCCGAGCAUUUCGCUCAACUUAGCGCUAGUGCCAAACAAAGAGAGUCUGUCUUGCCUACUGCUAAUGCUGAAGCCAAGCCCAUCAAAUCCAAGAAGAAGGCACCUCGUUUCUACCCUGUUCAAGCUGAAUCCCUUCCCAACUCCAUGGCUCGCUCUCCUGCUCCUGCCUCUACUUUAGCUGUCAAUGGCCAUGCUGCUUCUGGCGCAAAGAAGGAUGAACAAGGCCAUGUCGGCUGGGUUCUCGGUGACGAGGCUUAUCAUCCUAACCCCAAUGACCUCUUAUCCACCAGUCUCAGCAAAUCACCUAUGCCCGAGAACUACUUGUCUACCUCUGUUGACAACAUGGCUCACUCCUUUGGCACCAGCUUCCAACAUCCUAGCCGUGAUUUGUUGCGUGAAAAGGGCUUUGUUCAACACAAGUAUCACAAGUAUCAUGCCAAGGCAUUGAAGGAGCGUAAGCAAUUGGGUGUUGGUCAAUCUCAAGAGAUGAACACCUUGUUCCGUUUCUGGUCUCAUUUCUUGCGUGAUCAUUCCAACAAGCGCAUGUACAACGAAUUCAAGCGUUUGGCCGUUGAAGAUGCCAACCACAAUUACCGCUAUGGUCUUGAAUGUCUCUUCCGUCUGUAUUCCUAUGGUCUUGAGAGACGCUUCCGCAAAGACAUGUUUGAAGACUUCCAGGAACUCACACUCAACGACUAUGACAAUGGUUAUUUGUACGGUUUGGAAAAGUUCUGGGCCUACAACUUUUAUCGCAAGGACAAGAAGAAGAGAGAGUUGGUGUUCAAUGAUCGCAUGACCGAGCUGCUCAACAAAUACAAGAACAUCAAGGAUUUUAGAAAGGCGGAUGCACCCAAGAAGGUGGAGGGUGCUACUUUUGUCGUCCCCAACCUCAAUAAGCAGAGAAACGGAAGUGUGAGUGGCCCCGCUGGCAAGUCUGCUUAA